AAUAUUUUUCAUACAUCAUUCAUUGCAACCACUGUUAGAUUGGGUUCUGCAUAAUGGCUUCAUCCAAAUCUCUCCAGGAAGGACAGAUUCCUAUAUCUUGUCAGUUGUGCGAAGAAUCCAAUGAAAUAAAAUGGAAAUGUUUACAAUGUGACUUUCUCUUGUGUACAAAAUGUCAAAGACUUUAUGAGAAAGUGAAAUCCACUUACCAGCAUACCAUUAUUAACAUCAAAGACAUUGCUUCACACCUGCAGCAAGCCAAGGAUAACAAAGAUUUUCGUAAUAUUCCAUGUGAAAUUCAUAGUGAACAAAACUGUUGCUUAUUUUGUCAGACAUGUGAUGAAGUUGUCUGCCCUUCGUGUACUGCCAAAACUCACAGUAAACACGACAUGAUUGAAUUAGCUGAAGCUUAUGAUUCAACUGUCAAGAAAAUGAAAACUUUCAAAUCUUACUUUGACGUGACAUUAUCAAAUAAUGAAAGAGGAAGAUCUACCAUCUCUUCAUUUAAAUCGUCAGAAGACUUCAAAUAUGAAAUAGAGAGGCAAAAAAUACUGAAACAAGAAAAAGCUUUAAAAGAUGAAGUUGAAAUGCUCACAAAAAAACUUCUGAAAGAACUUGACCAAAGAUGGAACCUUCUUCAGAAAUCAGUAAAUAAUGAAGAUAAUAAGUCAAAGAAGAUAAACAAAAAUUUAGAAUUUCGAAAAGAGAGUUUAACCGUAGCCUUGGCUUCUGCCAAUACAGGCGAUGUUUUCCGUGCAUACAAGAAAGAAAAAACAGCCAGGAAACAGAGUAUAGAACCAGUAAAUACUCAUUUUAAAAAACUGCCACAAUAUGUACCAGGGAAAACGCAGAUUCAACAGGCACUACAUGGAAACCUAACAGAGUCUGAUGACAUUUAUUUACUAGAACAAUAUAAAUUCAAUGUGAUUACAAAAUUCAACACUGGACUAAAACAAGUUGAAAUGGUAUUCAUCUGUGCUGAUGGAACAAUGUGGAUAAGCGAUUUUAACAACAAAAUCCUACAAAAACUACAAUUUUCAAACGGACUGGUAAAAGUUGUGCAGAAGAUACAUGUAUCUUGUGCGGGCAUGGCAUUAUUACCAUCUGGAGACUUACUUAUAUCUACUACAGAACCAAAUCUUAAAAUACUUUCUCAUACCACUGGAAAAAUUACUUCUUCAAAAUAUAGUGUAGCACCUUUAAUUACUGGUCAUAUCCAUAUAACCAGCGAUAAUAAGAUCAUAAUCAGAGCCGGAAAGAAAGGAUCUGUCUUCCCAGUUAAAGGCACAAGACAAGUUGUUGUUAUGGAUAUAGAAGGAAGAACUGAAAAGGUGUAUGAAUUAGACAAUAAUGGAAAACCUAUCUUUUGUGCCCCACAGAGAAUAACAUCAGAUACUGAUAAUAACUUGUAUGUCCUAGAUCGUCUGAAUAAAGACAAAAGUGGUAUGAUAAUGGCAUUGAAUAAAAGUGAUGGAGUGAGGUGGAUAUAUAGUGGCAAUCUAGAUAUCAACAAAGGACAAGUUACAUUCAGACCUCACGAUUUAGUUAGUACUAAAUUAAACAAUACUAUCAUUACAGAUAUGGAUAGCGAUAUGAUUCAUAUCCUGAACAUUUCAGGGCAGUGUAUCUAUUACUUGAACACUAAGGAUCAAUUAGGUAUCCUUUAUCCAUAUUCUUUAAAAACUGACAAAAGAGGCACACUGUACAUAGGUUGUGGUACAGAACAAUAUGGACCUAAUGAGGCCAACAUAUAUACUGCUCAGUUUUCAGGACUCUAAACAUUUACUUGACAGUUGUGAUAUUCACUUCCGGUGUCAAUGAUAGCUUACAUUACACUGAUUAGAAAGAUAUAUUGUUUUAAUGUUUUGCCAUUUGGAAUAAGGGAAAUAAUUAGCUAUUUACUGUCUACAAAACGCCAUUUCCGGUGUCAUAUAAUGGCUUUCACUACACUGAUUAGAAAAAUAUUUGGUUUUUAUGUAUUGCUAUUUGAAUAUAUUAAAUAAUGGAAACUACUUCCGGUCUACCAAAUG